AUGGAAACGGGUCGCCCAAAUUCUCAUAAACGAAAACAAGAACAAGACCGUUUAAAGUUGGCACGUCUUAGUAAAAAUUCAAUGGAUUACGCGAGAGCAUGUCUUAUAUUAAGUAAUCUAUUGUCAAUAUUUUCUAUCAUUGUCGCAGCAACUAUACCAUUACAUAUGGUAUCAACUAGUGAUGCAGUUCCCAAUGAAUUGGCAAAACCGUGUGAACCAAAUGUGCCGUUAAUGUUAUUAUUAUUAAUGCCGUAA